AUUAAUGGUUUCUUGCAACAGCGACUCACAUGCGUUUUUAUUCAAGGUUAUGUUAUCUCACUGUGGUUUCUAAUGUAUGAUUAAAUUGUAUUCGUUUGUAAAGAUGUAUAAAUUGUUGCAAGUCCCGUUACGUGAACUUGUUACUUGUAAAUGUUCUCGACAUCUUUCAGUUCCAUGUCUAUCUGUAAAGCAUAGGACCAAAUGGAUAUCAUCACCUUCUCUACCAAGGCAGUAUACUUCUGUGUUUGGAGGAAGCGGUUUCCAUCAGGCACAUCCUUUUGUAUUGAAUGGCACAUGGAUGACCAGGUUUUACAGCACUGCAAGAGGAGCAAGCGGUGAAACUCAAGAGCUGGGUAAAAAAUUUAAAAAUCAAGGGAAACACGCCUCCAUAGAGCCAGAAAAAGAGGAGGAAUUUGUUUUCAUGGACUACAUUGAGCCAGAAAAUAGUCACGUUGACCAACUUCGUGGUCAGCUCCAUGUGAAUGCUGUCCCCAUGAUUUCCAAAGAAGACGAGAGGUUGCCGCCGAGAUCAGGCUCCGAGAAGCAGCAGAGGACUCUGGAGCAACAGCUGCGGUCAUUGAAAGAUGGGACCGUCACCAAACUGGAGACGGUGAGCCCUGAUUCUCUCAUCGAGUUUCAUGAUGUAGGGUUCCCUCUCAAGGAAACAAGUAAGAAAAAGAAACUUAAAGGACAGCAGAGAAUCUAUGGUACACCAGAUAUGGAGGAACCUGUCAGUGACACCUGCUGCAACGGCUGUGGCGCAGUCAUGCACUGCAUUGCACCUGAUGUGGCAGGCUAUCUUCCAAGUGAGAAGUAUAAACUUUUGCUAGAGGAAGAUGAAUUGAAAAAGGCAAUUUGUCAACGUUGCUACUUGCUCACACACCACCAAAAGGCAUUGACUGUCACGAUGUCCAAGGAGGAAUAUCGGGAUAUAGUCCGCGGGGUCAAAUCAGAGAAAGCAUUGGUACUGUUGAUUGUGGAUCUUCUGGACAUCCCAGACUCCAUAGUACCAGACUUGCUAGAGCUUGUUGGAGAAAACAAACACAUAGUGGUUCUGGGUAAUAAAGUGGACUUGCUUCCUGGAGACUCUGAAAACUACUUGCAAAGGAUUAAACGUCAGCUUUCCAUGUACUGUGCUGAUGUAGGCAUUUCCAGUGAUAAUAUCAAAGAAACCCACCUAAUCAGUGCCAAAACGGGAUACGGAAUAGAAAAUCUCAUCUCAAGUCUUCAGAGAUCGUGGAAGUACAAGGGAGACGUGUAUCUGGUAGGAACAGCCAAUGCCGGGAAAUCCACACUGUUCAACAGUCUACUGGAGUCCGACUACUGCAAAUCCAGGGCCUCAGAUGUGAUCCACAAAGCUACCAUAUCUCCAUGGCCUGGUACAACCCUGAACCUCCUGAAGUUCCCCAUCAUCAACCCCACCCCGUAUCGCAUGUUCAGGAGGUCAGAGAGGCUCCAGAGCUCCUUCAAGCAGACCGAGAGUGAUCUCUCUCCACAGGAGCUCAAGAGACUAGAGCAGUUCAGCAAGCAGGGCUACCUAGUGGGUCGCAUUGGGAGGACGUUCCGUACCAACGUAGAAUCCAACAGAGGCCUGAUAGAGUUUGAUCCUGAUAGUCUGGCCUACGGAGAGGAUGUGAUUGACAAGGAAGAGAGAGACUGUACUCUUUCCAACCCUUCUCCGGAAGUGGAGUUGACGCUCAACGAACUGAAAGAUGCACACUGGCUCUAUGACACCCCUGGAAUCAUGAAAGAGCAUGACGUCCUCGAUCUGUUGACAGAGCAGGAGGUGAAGUUGGUGGUGCCCACACAAGCCAUCGUGCCCAGGACGUUUGUGUUGAAACCUGGAAUGUCGCUAUUCCUGGGUGGUCUAGGCCGAAUUGAUUACCUUCAGGGUGAGAAGUCCUGCUGGUUCUCAGUCAUUGCUUCCAACCGGGUCCCGAUUCACAUCACCAGUCUGGACAAGGCUGACAGCAUUUACCAGAAGCAUGCUGGUCAAAUCCUGCUGGGAGUACCAAUGGGUGGAGGAGAACGCAUGAAGGAAUUCCCCCCUCUUGUCUCCCAAGAUUUUGAGCUGAAGGGGCAGGGUUAUCAGAAAGCCAGUGCUGAUAUCAAGUUUUCCUCUGCAGGAUGGGUGGCAGUGACAGGAGUGGAGGGGAACAGUCUCCUUCUGCGUGCCCAUGCUCCAGUGGGUGCAGGGCUCUCCCUGAGGAGUCCACCUCUACUCCCCAACAUCGUUAACCUGAAGGGAGAGCGCAUCAAGAAGUCUGUUGCUUAUAAGACCAGGAAACCCCAGGCCCUGGUGGACACCAGCCUGUCCUACAAAGGAGCAGAGAGGCUCAAGGUGAAGAAGAAAAAAUGAAGUGCUCUGUUAUGGAUUUUUUUUUUCCAUCUCUGGGUUUUGUAAAAUUGUCUGUAAAUGUAACGAUUAUAAAUAACCUACAUAAACAGUUGUAUUUGUUUAUCGAUGUGUAGACUUGUGCUUCAAUUUACAUUGCUUCCUUUCCAUUUAGACAGCAGGUCAGGAACCUUUUUAGUGAAUCACUUUUUUUCAAAGUAUUUUGAAACGUAAUAUACUUUUUAAACGUAUUAGUAACUGCAGAAAAUGUUAGAAAUGUAAAGGAAUCACGCACCGACAACUUUUCAUUUAGAAAUGUAGAGCAGAAAAUGGUACAGGAUGUUUGUUUUAAAUACACAAAAAUGUUUUAAACAGCCAAUUGUUUUCAAAGUCUUGGACAAUGUCCAAUAACUCCCCACUUUGGUGAAGGUGUUAAAGUUAGUUGGCAUUUAUUGAAUUGAACAAUAGUACAUUUCUUCACUAACUGACGGGUAUAGGCUAAAACUUCAAUGGCCCAGGCGUUAUUUUUUUUUUAAAUAAACACAACCGCCGCUUAUUAAAGCCAGGCUUCUAUUUCCCUAAUGCACACAGCUUUUGCUCAAUAAAAUGUUGAAAAGACA